UGAGGUACUUGGUAGUUUGUUUUGCUAACUAUGAGGCACUUGGUAGUUAGUUGUAAUUCGUUGGUUGUCCCGAAAAAAAAAUUGCAUUGAUAAAUAAGUGAAGUGCUUAAUAGUAUUUCCGACACAGUUUUCUCCGUUAAUUACAUUCUUCUCUUGUCACAGUCUCUCCACUACUCUUCACCUCUGUCUUACUCAAAUCCCUAACAAAACUGCAUCUGGGCAUAGUGCUUUCAGAAGAUCAACUGUGUUUUUCACUUUGUUCUCUGAAGAUUCUGUCGGAUUGUUGUGACUUGUGAUCCCUUCGCUUUAAUGGCCCUUUAUUCGGGCGCUUUCUGCUUCGGUAGUGUGGCUUUUUUGCCUCGCAACUCGGUCAGUUUUGGUCAACGGAAGAAUGUGAGAACCUCGGGGUUUUCUUCCCCACCACUCCCUUCAUUUGCCAGAUUGAAUGAAAAAGCAAAAGCAUUACAAGGAGAUGGAUUUCCCAAAACAGAGGAUUCCUCACUUGUGGUUUGUUUUGGAGAAUUAUUGAUUGAUUUCGUCCCGACUGUUAAUGGAGUGUCAUUGGCUGAAGCACCUGCAUUUAAGAAAGCUCCAGGAGGAGCACCUGCUAAUGUUGCUGUUGGUAUAGCUCGUCUAGGUGGUUCAUCAGCAUUUAUUGGCAAGGUUGGGGAUGAUGAGUUUGGUUACAUGCUUUCUGAUAUAUUGAAGGAGAAUAAUGUGAACUGUGAAGGAAUGCGUUUUGACCGUGGUGCGCGGACUGCCUUAGCUUUUGUUACGCUGAAGAAUAAUGGCGAGCGUGAGUUCAUGUUUUACCGUAACCCUAGUGCUGACAUGUUGCUUGAAGAAUCUGAAAUUGAUUUUGAUUUGAUUAGGAAGGCAAAAAUAUUUCAUUAUGGUUCUAUAAGUCUUAUUACGGAACCAUGCAAGUCGGCCCACAUUGCUGCAAUAAAAGCUGCAAAGGAUGCUGGUGUGGUGGUCUCCUAUGAUCCCAACCUCAGACUUCCACUAUGGCCUUCUGCCGAGAGUGCUAGAGAAGGAAUUUUAAGCAUAUGGGAGACUGCUGAUAUUAUCAAGGUAAGUGAUGAAGAAGUCUCUUUUUUAACACAAGGAGAAGAUCCAUGCGAUGAUACUAUUGUUCGUAAAUUGUUCCAUCCAAAUCACAAAUUAUUGCUUGUCACCGAGGGCCCUGGUGGUUGCAGAUAUUACACCAAGGACUUCAGUGGGAGAGUUGAUGGUUUAAAGGUAGAACCUGUAGACACCACUGGUGCUGGGGAUGCCUUUGUAGCUGGAACACUAUCACAACUAGCUGUUGACCUGUCCUUGCUACAGAACGAGGACAAACUGAGAGAUGCACUCAAGUUUUCAAAUGUUUGCGGUGCAUUGACGGUCACGGGGAGAGGUGCAAUUCCUGCUUUGCCAACUAGAGAAGCUGUGAUGAAUGCCAUUCUCGCCAAAUCUGUAGCAUAGAUUGGAUUGGAGAAUUACGUUGUAUUUGUAUCUAAAAUUACCCUCCCAAACCAUACAGUGGGUUGGAAGUUGGUGGUGCGAAAAACCAAACCAUAAAGACAGAAUUUUUACUAAAAUAUUGUGAGUGCACUCAAGCCAGGCCCUGUCUCUUGUUGUAUGUAUCUUGUAAGAUUGUAAUAUAAACUUCCUUAUGAUUAUUCUAAUCAGAAAAUAAAUCUAACAUUCAAACUA